CCGAACCACCGCCGAGUCCAAGCUUCAUAAAUUUUCGUCCCGACUUUUUGUUUCUCGCGCCUUCCGAUCCUGACACAGGGAGCGAGAGGGAGCGACGCCGCCGGCGAUUCACGCCGGCGUACGUCUAACCAGCAUCUUCCGCCUUUCUUCUCUGUUACUGGCCUCGUACAAACGUCCUUCUGCACACCCUGUUCCUGUCCAGUUCGCACCACCUCGAUCCUGCAGAAACCCUCUCCGGUAUCCCUAUCGUCGCCGGUGCUGCAGAGGCGCGUGCCGAAGCCUCUCCGCUCUCCGCCUCGUCGCUGGCGCUGCAGAGACCGAGACAGCCUCUGGUGCAGGACGUAUCCAAGAUGAGCAAUCCAUGUGAAUGCUGCCAAAGCAAGCUGAGGUUCAUAAGACAGAUUAAUGGAAACUUCAUGCAUAGCAUGGUCAUACCCCACUGGUUUGUGAACUAUUUUGGAGGAAAGAUCCCAGGAACUGUCAAAUUAGAAGCACCUGAUGGCAACACAUAUGAUGUCAGAGUCACUAAGAACAUGAACAGAACAAUCCUGAAGUCUGGAUGGGCAGAAUUUGUUGAUGCCAAUCAAAUAGAUGAAAAUUAUUCCUUGAUGUUUCAAUACCUUGGAAAUGCUCACUUUGUGGUUACAAUUUUUGAUUCCAACGGUAAGGAGAAAGCCUUUUGCAGUGCUGGAAUAAAAACUGCCUCUGACGUGAAAACAUCAAAGAAUCGCUAUGUUGAUAAUUCGAGCAGUUCACGUGAUGGCAAUACCCAGUCUUCAUCAGCCGAAGGAUCAGAAUCAGAUGGAUGCCCAAAGAAAAGCUCAUGCCAUUAUUGUGAAUCAGCAAAGAUGGCUGCAUUAUCUUAUACUAAUUCCGAGGAAUUUUCAGAAGACAAUCCAUCUGAAGAUGAGUCUUUGGGGUUGGACGAUCUUCAGAUGCUCCCUAAGGAUUGUGUCUUAUCAGGCCAAUGUGUUCUUACAGUAGCACAGAAAGCAAAAAUACGUGCACUCGUCGCUGAAAUUCAACCUAAAACCCAAGUCCUUGUUGUGCUGAUAAAGAAGACUAAUGUAGAACCUUAUACUGAUCUGGUAAUACGGAAGGACUACGCACUCGUGCACUUUCCACGUGAAAGCCAAACUAUCACACUCCAGGUUCCUAGGAAGAGCAAGGAUUGGCAGUGCAAUUUGCGCGUCAAGCCUGAUGGUCAGAGCAACCUACGCUUGGGCAAAUUUGUCCGUGACAACAGUGUUCGAGAAGGAGAUGUCUGCAUCUUUCAACCAAUGACAAAGGUUAAGGCAAGCAUAUUCACAAUAAUGGUCCAUCUACUUCACAGAGAGAGCAUUGGUCAUUCCCCUGGGGGAAGAACCGGUAACCACGGAAGGACACAAGCAAAUGACUUGACAGCCCGUGUAAAGGAGGAAGCAGCUUCUGAUGGUGAAGAGAUCUCAUCACCGGGAUCUGAAGACCAUGGAUCCUCUGACAAUUCCGAGGGAUCUUUUGAGCCUCUCUUCAUGCUGUCAGACAGACAAACUCUAACGGAAGCGCAGGAGAUGAAAGUGGUGGAGAAAGUUGAAGCCAUCGAGUCAGCACUGCCAAUUUACGUCGCGAUCAUGAGCGGGUCCAAUGUGCGUCGCAGAAAUUCCGGCAUGUCCCUAGGCUUUGGCACGCGGUACGUGUCAAGGUAUCUUGAAAAGAAGUACGCUACUGGGCACGGAAAGAGGAAUGUUAUCAGUUUGGUGCUUCAACGGGAGGGGAAGAACAAGACGUGGUGCACGGAGCUGCGGCGAAAGAGUGAUCGCACGAUGAUUAUGAAAGGAUGGGCAUCUUUCGCCCGCGGCAACAGCCUACGGGAAGAUGAUCUGUGUCUCUUCAAACUGAUGGAGAACAAGAAGGCGCUGAAGAUGAUGGUCUACAUCAUUCGUCGAGAGAAGUGUUAGGUUGAGGCAUGGUUGGGCUCUUGCUACUCUGAUUAUGUAGAAUCUGGAAGUGAAAAACUAGAUGGCUUGUCUCCAAUAUAGUCGGAGAGGAACAAACUUUUCAAUUUACCUAUAUUCAGAGAUUAUCUCAGUGGUUUAUUAGUUAUGUCCGUGCUUUGUUAUCUAGAGUAGCUUUGGAUGGUCAUGCCUGAGAACUUACUAGAAGGACCUGGCGCGCCUUGUCGCGCCGUUUCUUGUCUUUGCAUUUUUUUUUUUUCGUCAGCGCAGUUGGGUUGAUUUCAUAAACCAACAUUGAUGCAUAUCAACCCACACUCAAAUG